AAUGGCGGAAGAUUCUUGUGAAGAUUUGCCUAAGGUUUUAUAAUCAUCCUCAUCUCAGCUGGUGUUUUAUCGAACUGAAAAUGUUGUUAAGCAAGAUAAAAACGUUUGUCAACGAAGCAGUAGAAGCUCUUGCUCCUGACUUGCCUCCUCAAGAGGACUUCGUAUUCCACUGGAAGGCUGUGACGAAUUAUUUUAUAGAAGCUACAGAUGAGAAAGUGCCAGUUCACUCCACUAAUAUUCCAUAUCAUUUGGAAAAAAUGUUGACAACUCUGAGGCAAGAAGAAGAAGAAGCAUCUGGUGGAUCUACUGGCCCUUGUUUGGAAUAUCUUCUGCAACACAAGAUCCUUGAUACUCUUCACACCUUAGGAAGAGCUGAUUGCCCUCCAGGAAUGAAGCAGCAAGUAUUAUCAUUCUUUGCUAAUCUUCUGGCCAAGAUGAAACAGCCAUUACUGCCUCAUGUGAAUGUCUACAGACCUGUACAUAGGUUGAUUCGUCUGUGUGGUGAAGUGCGUGCAGCUCCUUCUGAGAAUGAGGAAGUUCACUUUCUUUGUACAGUUUGUUCCAAACUGAGACAAGACCCAUAUCUUGUUAAUUUCUUCCUUGAGUUCACCUCUAUAAAUGCCUGUUCUUGCAUUGCCUGUCAACAAACACACAAUAAAGACUCUUCUACUCAUAACACAUGUACUACUUCUUCUGAAUAUACUAGUAGUUUAUCACAGUCGAUAGAGAAAAAUGUACCUCAUGAAUCUGGAGCUGGCCAGGAUUCAUCAACACUGCAAGACACCAGACGUAGGGACAAACCUGAUUAUACACUAGUAAACUCUCUGCUUAACAUGACCAAAAGUGAGGACAGUAGAAUAGCAGUGAAGGCUUGUGAAGGACUCCUGCUGUGUGCAUCAUUACCUGAGGACCAUGCAGCUACUGUUAUAAUCCUCUAUACACCAUUCUGUGAAAUUAUGGCAGAUCGAUUAAAUCCCUUAUUCCAAGCUCUUCAACAGUCCAUGGAUCCUGCAGAUAUAUCUAAUGCCUCGGCAAAAUGGGGUCUUGAUCACAUUGAUAAUGAUGAAGAUAUAUCAAUCUUUCCUGGCAAGAGGCAAUUGAUAUCAUUUCUGUCCUGGUUUGACUAUAUUGAUCAGCUGGCCAAGAAUUCUCACAAGUUAGUUGCCAAAGCACUUGCUGUCAGUGUAAGAGAGAGGUUCCUUCAGCCUAUUGUUGAGCCACGUUUUAUGCAGCAGUCAGAGCCAGGAAUCAUUACGACCACAGCUAUAAUGCGGAGAUGUUUAAAAUCUAUAACGUCCAAUCACUUGCUAACAGAAUUUUCCAUAUUCCUUCUCGGUGAAAGUACUAGUCCUGAGACGGAAACUCUAGCGGCUGAGAAUGCCCACAAACUACGCCAAAAACUGAUUGAACGAUGUGAUCAUAUCAAUGAUGAGUUGAGUAUCGAAACUCUGAAGCUAUUUGAAACCCUCCUAUUAAAACCAGCUCAAAUAAUCCUCGACAAUUUGGUACUUCGUAACCUGACAAGCAGAAAGUAUUCUAGCACACCUAGUCUAGCUAAUGGUGAUGUGACAAAUAACGAUACACCCCCCUCCCCUAAGACACCAAUAUCGCCUUCUUUGACCCCAGAUGGAAGUACGUCGCCUACAUUAACCACAAGUGCAGGAGAUGCAAAGAGGGAAGAAGUAGUAAAAACUGUUAACAGCUUCUUAUCUCUUGUUCCCGAACAAGUGAAGUCUUCAGCGUUAGCGGGAGACACAGGCUACGAUAUGUAUCUAGGUGAUGCACACAAACAGUUUCGAGACCGUGCUUUCCAGUGCUGUCAGUUUCGAUGGCCGUCGUCUGCUGCUCCAACAGAUGGAGAAGACGCAAGAGAAUCUUUUUAUGAAGGAGCUUUUUUGAAUAUGUUGUUUAAAAAACUUCAAAGAUUGCUCGAUCAAACUUACGAAAUGAACCUGCAAGUUACUUGUGUUACAGCGUUAUUGGCUCAGUUCAAUCACCCUCAUCUACACGAGUAUCUACUAAACCCGGAUCUACAGUUAGCAAAGGGAUGCAGAUCGCUAUACACUACACUACAACAUGUUGUUAAAGACCUGAAUGGUAGAAUAGAUAGAAUACCUAACUUCCAAAAGAGCGUGGUAAUGAUACGAAAACAGUUAAUGGGCGUGGAUACGACAGCGCCAGAAACCAAUAGUAUGGCGCACAAUAAUCUUUUGGAAGCAUGCAUCGUCCUGGAGGAAUUCUGCAAGGAAUUGGCUGCCAUUGCCUUCGUUAAGGCUACGUCAUCCCUACAUCACCAAUAACCAGAGACAAAUUUUAUUACACAGAAAUUAAUAGCAAGCUUUCAAAGAUAGUCAUCUAUUAUUUGCAAGAAACAGCAUCUGGGAUCGCUGUGGUAAAAGUUUUGAAUCUUCAUGGUUGUUAUAGAAACAAAUCAGGUUCCAGUGAUUAUUACCAAAAUAUCUUUUUAAUAUCGAAUAUUAGUUCUUUCUAGAUAUUAAAGGACAAAGAAAAUUAUUUUAUCAAACAGAUUGAAAUGGGAAAACUCGUUAUAUAAUACUUGGCCAAGGGUUAAGGCUAUUAAAUUAAUACAUUAGAAUAUAAUUCAAAUGGUAAUUUUUGAAGGUGAUUCUAUUGCAGCACUUACUUCUCCGCUAAAUCAACUCAGGGUCUGCUUACAAGAAAAGAAGCAAUGUUUUUCUUCCAAGACACAUCCAUUUAAAAUUAUUUUUAUAACUUGGUCAUGCCACCUUUGAGCAAGUAGGCCCUUGUAACAAAGUAAGGCGCAAGAGUGUGUAACCAAAGUGCGUCAUCUCUAUUUAACCAAUAAAAAAGCACGACGAAUGACCAUGAGUUCUCAUAGUCAUACGUCGUCCUUUUUAGCAUGACGUAAACUGAAAAACACACUAGUAUCGGUGUUGUGAUCGGUAAUGAACAGUCUUACUAGUAAAGAUAGUUGGAGAAAUACCAAGGGCAUUUUUAGCUGAGAUCCCCAGACUUGUGUAGAUAUCAGGCUUGUAAGACAUCCAUGUUCGAAUACCCGCGUUUCUCAGGCUUCUCUCCACUCUUCUGACAUCGGGUUCAUCUGUGAAGUCUUUAGUGUAGACAAAGAUCACAUGUUCUUCGUUUGGCUUUUUCGUGCUGACUUUUGCUUCGUUUCCAAGGCUGCCUGCAAUAACAGCUUUGGCAACAGAAAACCAAAGAUCAUCUACUUCAUAUCUGAAAUAAAAAUAUUCAGGGAUCGGUGAAAGCAAAUAUACUUCUUAGCCUCAGGUCAAACGUCGAACUUCACAUGAGCCGAACCAAAUUGAAGCAAUGAAUAGCAAGGCGGUCGUCUUUGAUGUUAUUAGGUUUACAUGGCAGCAAACGAAUUUUUAAACUUACAAAUAUUUGACCAAUAAAUACCAUUUCAGUACACGGAA